CUCUAAGCUCGUUAUAGUAAUUGUUAUUCAUCUAUUUACUUUUUAUGAACAAACCUUCUUUUUCUGAAUAGAAAAUAGCUCAUCACUUUUAUUUCAUGCCUGUAACGUGAAGCAUUUCUAUAAUUCUGCAGCUAGAAAAAGUAUCUGAGUAUGGUCAUUUCAUCUGUGUUGAAAUCACUUUAUUUGAUUAUGGAAAAUCGUACAAAAUUAAAUUUAUUUACGGUUUAGCUGCAUUUAAUUUUAUCUUGAAAAAUUGAAGAAAAAAAAUUUAUAUAGAUUUCUUAAAUUCUUCAAAUAAUGGACGGUUUCAAUGACUGCUGCGAAUAGAUCCAACAUGUUCCAAUGGCUCCUAUUUCAUUACCGAACCGUUUUAUGCUUAUAUUAUUAUUCUGUUUAUUAAGUUUUCUUCUAUUCCACUGGUAUUUAAUUAGAAAAUGUUUAAAAGACUUAAAUAAGUCCUCCAAUGAAGACGAAACAAGUCUUUGUAGUUGGAUAGCAAGUUCAGUGCACUACCAGUAUCAAAAAGCAAUUGCUUUCAUCAACGAUUUAAAAUUUCUUGAAGCUCAUAAUAAAGAAAAAGAAUAUACAAAUAAAGAUGAACUUAUGCGAAUAAAUAAUAAACUAGAUCAGGAAUACCUUAUAGAACCAACUACAAAAUUGAGUGCUUCGUCUGAUCUGACUUUCUCUCAACAGAACGAUGCGUUAACAUAUAAUACCAUAGUUAAUUCACAUCACAGCACAAUUCUGAAUCACAUACUAACUAAUCCCGUAAUAGAAUCUAAGAAUGAUUUUAGUGCAGCCAUAGGGAAUAUUUAUUUCGAGAAAAGCAAUCCCAUAAGUUAUUUAUUGUCUCAAAUGAGUUUUGAAGUGCAAGAUGUUAGCCAAUUCGGAAGAAAGUCGGAGGAAAUUUCUGACAAACAGACCUUGACAGACUAUGAUUACUUAUCUGAUACUGUGAAGAACCCUGCUUUUAUAGUUGAUACACCAAGCUGCAAGAUUCCAAGAUUUGAUCCAUGGGAUCCAUCAGUAAUGGAAUUAAUUCAUUUGUAUGAUCCUUUGAUUUGCUCAGACCUACCAUUAUUUAUGACUCCAGAACCAAAUGGAAUUGUUCAUCUGAAUGUUUCUGCUCUAGAGAAAUAUUACAACGCUACUCCUGGUGACAUGGAUUGCUUCUAUUGGGCAAUAUUUCGAAAAUAUGAACCUGAACAAGUAAGGGAAGAUGAUUUUUAUUACGUAAGUCGAGGAACAUUACAAUUUGAUACACCUCUCGAUGAUGAGCAUAUACUAGCUAAAUGUUACUUUAGUGACAGCUACGUCCACGAGCAGUUUUUACCACUUGUAAAUCUCAAAGAUAAGGUUGAAGAAGAAAAAUCUAAAGUCAAGUCUUCUUCACCGUUGAAUGUAAUUCUUCUAGGUAUAGACUCUGUAUCAAAUCUGAAUUUUAUUCGACAUUUUCGAAAAACAAAAACGUUUUUGGAAAAAAUGAAGUUUUUUGAUAUGAAAGGUUACACGAAGGUUGGAGAUAACACAUUUCCAAAUUUGGUACCAAUGCUAACAGGCCAUUUUGUUGAAUACUACUUCAAUGAGUCGAUGAAAGAUACUUUCUUUUUUGAUAAUAUAAGCCUGAUAUGGAAAGAUUAUGCCAAACAUGGUUAUAGAACUUUUUUUGCAGAUGAUUCACCAUAUAACGGCAUAUUUAACUAUUUCAAGAGAGGUUUCUUUGAUCCUCCAACAGAUUACUAUUACAGACCUUUAGCGCUAGCGAUUGAUCAUUCUGAGUUGAGACUGAAAGCCAAACAUUAUGAGGCGCAUUGCUUAAACUCUGAAUUAGAAACUGAUCUCAUGUAUGACUACUUAAAGAAUUUUGUAAAAACCAUGGACAAGAGGCCUUAUUUUGCAUUUUGUAUGGUAUCUGUUCUUACGCACGAUAUUUCCAAUUACGCCAGCUAUGCCGAUGCCCCUGCAGAAAGAAUACUUACAGAACUUGAGAAAGUAGGAGCCCUUAACAACAGUGCUGUAGUUAUAUUUAGCGACCAUGGCAUAAGAUACGGCGAAAUAAGAGAAACUUACAUAGGAAAAUUCGAAGAAAGAAUGCCAUUUAUGUACAUAUAUUUUCCUAAAUGGUUCUUAAAUCAAUAUCCUAAUGCGGAAAAGAGCCUUAGCAUUAAUCAGCAUAGAUUAAUCACUUUAUUUGAUAUUCAUUCUACCAUGAAGCACCUGUUAAACUUCAAUAAUUAUAUGGUCGAAGAAACGAACGAGCUAGGCUUAAGCCUCCUGAAUGAAAUUCCAGAAAGCAGAACUUGUGAAGAAGCUUCCAUAUCAAAACACUUUUGUCCUUGCAACGCAUUUACUGAAGUAUCUAUUGAUGAUCCUGUUGCUGUUCUUGCUUCACAAGCAAUUGUCAAACAUAUAAAUGAACUAUUGCACCAUAAUAUGGAAGUUUGCGAAACGUUGGAACUGAAGGAAAUAAAAGACGCUCGCAAAAGUCAAGCGAAUGAAGAGUUACUAAAAGAUAAAGGUUAUGUUAGCGAACAUGGAUAUCAAUUUAUUAUUUUAAGUCCUAAAAUUACACCUCUUAGUGAAUAUCAAAUUACUUUAAGUGUUCAGCCUGGAGGUGGCAUUUUUGAAGGAACUGUACGAUAUGAUCCGAACAACGAUAUUACCAGCGUGAUGGAUAUUAGUAGAAUAAAUCAGUACGGUUCGCAAUCAUGGUGCAUAGAUAGCCCUAAACUCAAGUUGUACUGCUAUUGUAAGCAACAAAUUGGAUAAAGUUCAAACGAAUGAAAAUGCUAACUCCGUGCUUUAUGUGAAUGAAACCUGAAAAACUCACAAAUUUUGAGAUAUUACCUAUAACUUUGAUUCUAUAAUGGAGAACCUUUUACAGAGUCGAAACAAAACGGAGAAUCAAAGUUGCAAAAAUCAGAGAUGCAGUAGUAAAUUGUAAGCAAGUUACAACACGAAUGAAAGGGUGUUGAUACAUUGGUUAGGGAAAACACGAGAUAAUCUCACUAGUGAAAGAAUAUUAGAUAAACUGCUAAGAGUUGGAAGUAAGGUGAGAACCUCAGAUCUUAAAAUUUUGAAGAAAAAAAUUCCAAAGGAAUGGGAAUAUUUAAAAAGAAUGGGAAAACUGAAACAAUUAUUAACUAAAUUGCAUAAAAUUUCUAAAAAUGUGAUUCCUGAAGAGUAGUGUUGAAUGAGUUUAGCAGAAUAACUCAACCUAUCAAAAUCAUAAGAAGUCGCCCAGCUACGUAGAGAAAUGGACAAUUGUUAAAUAGCUAAAUCUUAAACAUAGCUUUCAUGCUCUUAAAUUUAAACGAAUAAUGUUCUUCCACUUGAUUUCAAAGUUAAUCAAUUCUGACUUUCAUGACUGGACCUUUAUAGCUGGCCCUUUGUAGCUGACCUUCAUAGUUAAUCUUUAAAACUGACCUUCAUAGCUGGACUUUCAAUCAUUGGUUGAAGUUUUCUUCUGAUAAAAUCAUUCAGUACUGCUCCUCGGUUACUGACCUGUAUUUUUACAUGACCUGAAUUUUGAUUUUGUAAAAUUUUAAUAAUUCAGUAAAUGACUUACUAUAAUUAUAAAGAAAUUAUUAUAAUUAUAAGGAAAAUUUAACGGUAACUACUAGCCAUAGGGGGAGAUUAAAAAAUUGCCUGGUACUUGCUACCUAAUCGACACUUAUUUUGUUGAAAAUGCACUCAAUAAGUACUUUAUUAUUAUUAUUUUAAUUAAAUGUGAGAUUUUUCUGCAUUUUUUUUAUUUCCUGAAUUUAAUUUUUGAAAAUUUAAAUUUUUGAAGUGGCACACUAAUUAACCAGAUAUAAUAAAUCGCAGCCUAACUGGCACACAAAUCGAAAAAGGUUCGCCAUCUCUGAUUUAAAUCUCAUUUAUUAACGGUUUUAAUAUAACUCUGAACAUUCUAUUGUACACCUGAACCAUUUAUGCAAUAAUUAUGAAACACUUAAGCUCUAUGUAGUUUCUUGUCCAAGUCAAGAACUUGUUUUACAUCAAUUUCAUAUUAUGUAUUUAGGAGUUGUGCAAAAUAAAAUUUCCUAAAAUCACAUAAA